AAUACGUGUUACGUAAGUGAGAGUACGUUCAUACUCUUAAAACUCUGGUUGACUUUGAGAAAAAUAAGUGACUUCAUCGCCUCGUUUUCUCUCAGCUCCGUAGUUUGUAGUGAGACACGGAGAAGAACGAAGCUAUCAUCGAGGAAGUCAAAUCCCGUCGCAAGAUAAGUCAGUAUCAUCGAACCCUGUAACUACCAUUCCUCAGAGGAGGUGGAUUACAUACUUCAACGUGAAGAACAAGUUGUUUCUGCGAUAAAUCUCAAAGCAGACCGUAGGAAAACCUAAGUCAAUCAUGUUAAAUCCCUGUUGCUGCAUCUCCCCCAGAAUUGGGACCUUUUGCCUCGCCAUUGUGGACUUGAUCCUGGUCGUCCCCUUCGCGUGGGACGUCAUUGUUGUCUUCAUCAAACAUUUUGAGAUGGAAUUGUUGGGUGAUCUGAUUUUGGCCGUGUUUCUCGUCUUUUUGGCAAUUCUUCUCCUGGCUGGAGCUAUCCAGAAUUCUCAGGAAAAGGUUCGGCUCUGGCUCACCCUCUGGCUCGUCUUCAUCAUCGUCCUCCUUAUCCUCCAAAUAUUCAGCAUUUACCACGGGGGACGUGUCAAUGUUCGGGCAGGGGGCAGUUUGGGAGCUCUGUUGCUCUUCAUCUAUGAAAUCUGGGUGGUGUACGCCUAUCUCACUGAAUUGCGGUACGGACCCAGCGGAUUGACCUACUGCCCAGCACAAGUCGUCUAAUCAUCUUCGCUUAUUUAUAUUUUAAGCCAAACUUGCUGAUAUGGAUGACUAAUCUGAUCUGUAAUGUCGUGUCUUGCAAAAUAUGGGACACACACACACAAAUUGAACACUGCAUGAGCUAUGCUAUGUACCAUUGUUGUUAUAUUACUAUUACAUUGAAAGGCUACAUACUUAAACAACUCUUCACAUUAAGCUUAUUAAAUUACUUUAUCUUUUCUGUUAUCAUUCUGUGACGCAUAACUAAAAAUCUUACUUAAUUGGGUUGAUUGAGUUGGAAGAAUACCAAGAAGAAGAAUACGACGGGGAGGAGGAGUGUCAAUUCUUAAAUUUGAAUAUUGCCAAACUGUUUUAAUUUAAUUUAAUAAUUUUGUAUGCAAAAAAAACAAAAGAAAACUGGGAGCAGAAUUGUAUUCCAAUCGAUGAUAUUAAUAAUGAGCUUUUACAUAUAUUCAGAUGCUGUUUAUAAACCACAUAACGCGUUUCAUACACACAGAUAUGUUUAAUUUUUUUGGAUGGGUGUAAAUUCGUAAUAAUGUGAUUUAUGAAAAGCGCCUUCAUGCAAAAUUUGUCUGUCACUCUGCCUUUUUGCCAUUCUUGAGCCUGCCAUAAUGCCAUGAAACACAAGUUUGAAACAUACACUUCAAGAAUUUGAGAAAUAAAUAUUGAUAAAGUUUCAAAUAAACAGUA